AGCCCAUUCGAUGUUUUGUUGAUUCGUUCCGUUUGUGCUGAUGAUCGAAGGACAAAAUGUAAACUUAUUUUUCCAGUUGUCAAAAUCUCGGAUUGUGACGAAAGUGAAACUUUGAAAUAUGUGGAAAAAUACCAAGUUGUUCCACGAUACAUGUCGACAGUGUCGUCGUUCACUGUUUCCCUCUAAUGAACGAGGUAUUCAGUCCACCAGCGUUUCUAAUCGGUUUUGGGAGUCAAGCCCUCGAGGAGAAUACCGAGACCAGAAAAAAUUUGCGAAGGAAUAUGAAAAGGAACAACUCAAAAAACUUUGGGGGCUGAAGGACGGAUUCAGGGAUUUACGAGAUGAGGUCUUCAAAUGGACAAAAGAAGUUAAAGACCAUGUCACGGGUGAUGACAGCCAUUUGUGGGUGAUACACGGGGAUAGAGAUCCAGUGUGGACAUUUAAUAAUAAGAACACACUGUCGCAAUUUCAGGCCUUCUCAGAUAGCGACCAUAACGAAGGGUUUAGCAAAUGUGAGCUAGUCAUGAGUCCAACCGGAAAGGGGCUUUUUCAGGGUUUUGUUAAUACUAGACCUCCGAAAGACGGAAGAGUGAAAUAUGCUGGGUACUGUAUAAUGAAAUCGAAUGACAUUGUGAAAUCCUUCAAGCGUCGGGCACAUAUGGACUGGUCCAAUUAUACUCAUUUGGUGAUGAGAGUAAGAGGCGAUGGCAGAUCCUUUGUGAUUAAUCUUUCCGUUGCUGGAUUUUACGAUAUCACGUGGAACGAUGUGUAUCAUUAUGUUCUUUUUACACGAGGUGGCCCUUAUUGGCAAUUUGUUAAGAUCCCCUUUAGUAAGUUUGUGAUGGCAAGUAAAGGCAGAACACAAGACUUUCAAGAACGGGUACCGCUUACUCAAAUAUCUUCCUUUGGGAUUGCUGCUGCAAAAGUUGACGGUCCGUUUUCUUUAGAAAUUGAUUAUGUAGGAUUAGAAUGUGAUGAAAGUUUUGCAGAAGAAUUUGCUUAUGAGAUGUAUAGAGUUCCCAAAUAUAUAGCAAAUGUAUAGCAUACUAUUUUACCUGUACAUAAGUAUAUCAUGAGUCGAUUAAUCCUUACGAUCUCGCGCAGAUUUAUUUCUCCGCGCAAUAAAGAAAUAUGUGACAAUUAUUGGCA